AUGACUACUGAAGAUCAGGAUAUCAUCCUCACGGCCCAGUGCCUCUGCAAAGCGCAUACCUUCACCACCAAAGUGCCUCGAUCAAAGCUCCCUCUACCUGCGUCUAUAUGUCACUGCACCUCAUGCCGAAACGCUACCGGUGCCAUGUACAACUGCAACAUAGACUGGCCUGGUUCAGCAAAUGAGAUUCGCAACUCUGAUCUGAAACACUACAAAUUCACCUCCAAUUGCGAAAUCUUGUUCUGCGGCUCAUGUUCAUGUCCGAUGUUCUGGGAUUCUCACUACGAUGAUCAACCCCAGAGCUUUGGCGUUUUUACGGGAGUCUUGAACAAUGUUAACGUUGAUAACUUCAUCAACUUUACUAGGCAGAUCUUUGUUGGUGAUACGAUCGAUGGGGGCGUAUCUCCGUGGCUUAAGAAUGCGAAUGGUGAUGGGGAGAGGCCUCACAGAUGGAUGAAGAAACCUGAAGACGGUGGAGAACUAGACGAAGGCUGGCCAGCUGCGAGCGAAGAUGCUCGAUCCGAUGCUCCUCCAGCCACAGAUAUACCUAUCCGUUGUCAUUGCAAAGGAGUCGACCUUGUCUUCCGUCCCGGCAACGUCGACUUUUCCACCAUGGAGGCUGAUGCGAUUCCGUCGUUUAUCGAGCCAAAGACCCAUAAACACCUCGCGACACUCGAUCCAUGCCCCUCUUGUCGCUUGUCAGUUGGUGUUGACAUCAUGAAUUGGACAUUUGUCAUGCCUCAGCAAAUCGACUUUCCAGAGAAGACCGAUGGGUCCGACUUUCCACGAAAUACGCUUGAUCUGAAGAGUGCAGUCGAUAAUCCCAACCGAGAUCCUCGUUACGGUACACUCGCAAUCUAUCCAAGUUCGCCUGAUGUUCAAAGAUAUUUCUGUUCGCGCUGCUCGGCAACGGUAUUCUACACCGUUGACGAUCGUCCAGAGUGUAUUGAUGUGGCUGUUGCACUGUUACAUGCUCCUGAGGGAGCUCGUGCAGAGGGUAUCUUGACCUGGCAUCUUGGUGCCAAGAUGAUGGGAGAGUGGGACUUUGAGAGGGGCUGGAGAAAGGAUUUCGCCAUGUCAGUCAAGCACGCGUCAGAAAAUUGGCGUAUCGAGAGAGGUUAUUCCAAAACGUGGAGAAGGAUUGCCUUUGAGAAUGAAGAGAAGCAGGAUUGA